AUGCGCUUGCUGUGCGUGUGCGUGCUGUGCGCGCUGCUCGGCUCCCGGAGCGGCGGCGCGGCUCGGGGCGCGCGGACUCCCCCGGCGGGAGCCGCUCUGCAUGCCGAUGACCGGAGCUUCCUUUCAGCGCGGGAUCGCCCCACACAAGAGCCCAUUCAGAUCAUCCGGCAACAACAAGCGAUCCAGGCCGCGCCAGGUUCUACCUUCAGCCUGAAGGUGCAGGUGAAUGACGUGCUGAGUCGUCAGUACCUGAGCCGGGCGCUCGUGGAGGUGUUCGUCAACUACACCAGGACUGACACGGCGCUCACGGGCCAGGACGGCGGUGUCCUGCUUCACGUUCCUUAUCGCAGCGGGCUGCCCAUCACGCUCGUGGCCAGCAAGGACGGCUACAUGUGUACACUGCUGCCUUGUACCACCGACAGAAUGCCAAUAUUUUCAUCAGUGACCAUGUCUCUGAACGGGCUGAAUCAAGGGAACAUCUGGCUGUACGAAGACUCUGUUCUGAUCACCGGCAGAACGUCUGAUGUUCUGUCCCAGCCUGCGGUCAGGUUUCCUAAGAACCUGCUCAAUCUGACACACAGCAGCAAUUUCACCUCCGUCAAAGCCUUCCUGACCGUUUCCAAGCUGAAGUCAGGCCAGGACGGCUUUGGAAGCACCUUUGGUAUCGUGAGCAGCAAAUCAGGUUAUGUGAGUGUGGAGGUAGUCCCGGUGGCAGCCGUCAGUGUGAACCUUUUCUCUGGAGACGCCGAGUUGGAAGUUAGUGGUCCGAUCCAGAUCAUCCUCGGCGUCCCUGACAGCUGUGGACUCCAGACGUCACACGUUAUUCCAGCCUGGUUCUUCAACAGAACCACUGGCGGGUGGAUGAGAAAAGGACUUGGAACGGUGACGUCUGUGGAUGGAAAACUUUCCUGGACCUUCACGGCUCCUCACCUCGGCUACUGGAUGGCAGCGUCUUUGUCUCCUAGCAGAGGAUUCUUUGGAUUUUCUUCCCCCGUUGACUUCAUCUUGCGCCAUUCCUUUCCUCUCAUGGCUCUGUUUGGAGGAGUGCUGGUCACUGUCAUCUGCCUCCUGGCGGGGUUGAUACAUUACUGCAGAGUGUCCACCAGUAAUAAGAAAUCAAAGAGGAUGCUGCCGGCCCCGAGAAAAGACCAGACCACUUCCACCUGCGACGAUGACGUCUUUGAGGUGUCUGCGUCUGAUCGGAGAGACGCUCAGGCCCACUCCUUCACCGAGAAGGGAGACAAUCAGCAGACCUGCUCUCUGAUCUCGGAGCACAGGAACAAUGUGAUCAGCAACCCCGGCGCUGUGGCCAUAGCGCUGGAGUGCAACGACCUCGAGCUCAACGACCUCUCCUGCUCGCUUCAAGCGUCUGAGCAGAUUCGAGCGUCGGCGGCGUCUCCCUCGGACAGCUUGUUUUUCUACAACCAGCCGCUGGCCAUCCUUCACGCUCCUGCUUUCUUCCACUUGGAGGACCAAGCAGAGCUGGUCCAGUGGAGCAAGUCGGCCACUCUGCCCCGCGUGGGGGCUUCGACCGGCGAGCCGCCGAGCAAAGACGGCUUCACCCAGACUCUUUCCAAAGGUCAGGACGGUCCGAGCGAGGCCGAGGAGGCAGAGGACCGCCCCGGAACGUCAGACGGCUCGCAGGAAGCCGCCUCAGCCGCCACCACACCCAGGGGGCCCUUCGGCCUUCCAGAGUCGAUGUCCGUACCCGGAACGCUGAACAAAAUGGGGGACGGCAGGCGCUCGGCUCACGCCCUGGGGAGACUGGGGACGAUCCCCUCGCCGCAGCCUCCCCGGGCCUGGUUCGUGUCGUUGGAGGGCAAGCCGGCGGCGGAGAUCCAUUACGCCGUGUCGGAGCAGCAGAGGAGGCGGCGGCCGGUGGAGAGUCGGGAGACCAGCCUGGACUCCGGCGUGGACAUGAGCGAGCUGAGCCAGGCGUCCGGCAGGAGGCCCGUCACUCUGGAGAGGAACGCCACCUUUGUGAAAAGCACGUCCGCCUGUAAACAGGCGCCGCCACAGUAACGACCGCGACC